ACCGAACCAUCGAGAAGAUGGGUGGGUGGGUCAAACUCACACCGAAGAAAACGAGUGUUCACCGUCAACGCCGAGAGAGAUAAAGCAAACCACCAAAUCAACCGACCAAUUCACUCACAAACCAAACGCUUUAAUCCCCCAAAUGUUGCGUAAACUCUCUUCUUCUUCUCUCUUCCGUUCAACAAUCUUGCCAAUUUCAACCAAACCAAUCUUCAAAUCGCAAUCUUACAAUCAUCCUCAAUCACUCCGUCGUCUCUUCUUCUCUUCCUCCUCCUUAAAAAUGUCAUUUUUACCUAACUCCCCUUCUAUUCCAACAUCCACCAAACCCGAAUUGCUUCGUUCACUCGAAUCCCAUCUGGGUUCUUGCUUCAGCAACGAUCCAAUCACUCCUCAACCAAACCCUCUAAUCAUCGUGAUAAGUGGAGCAAGCGGAGUUGGCAAAGACGCAGUCAUCAACAAGCUUCGACAAGUUCGUCAAAGUCUUCAUUUUGUCGUCACAGCUACUAGCCGUCCGAUGAGACCCGGAGAGAUCGACGGUAAAGAUUACUUCUUUGUUUCCAAAGAUGAGUUUUUGUCAAUGAUUGAGAAAGAUGAGCUUCUUGAGCACGCACUCGUUUACGGUGAUUACAAAGGGAUACCUAAGAAACAGAUUCAGGAGUACAUGGGGAAAGGGUACGACAUUGUUUUGAGAGUUGAUAUCCAAGGAGCUAAGACGUUGAGGAAGAUUCUUGGGAGCUCUGCUGUGUUUGUUUUCAUUGUUGCUGAGAGUGAGCUUGCUAUGGUUGAGAGGUUGGUUGAUAGGAGAACAGAGAGUCAUGAGGAGUUGCUUGUUAGAGUUGCUACAGCGAGAGAAGAGGUUAGGCAUAUUAAGGAUUUUGAUUAUGUGGUUGUGAAUGCUAAAGGGAAGCUUGAUGAUUCGGUUAAGCGUGUUGAAUCUAUUAUUGAUGCUGAGAAGUCUAAGGUUCAUCAGAGAAUUGUUAGGAUUUGAUUGGUUUCUCAAAUUUGUUUUCUUAAGGUUACUUAUUUGCUUCCCGUUUUGAUGAAAGAUUGAAACUAGGAAAUGGAAUGAGGAACACAUAAUUUAUGAAAGUUUCUUUCUUGAUACAACAAGAGAUUCGUUUACUAA